AUCACGCUGACCAAGGCAAUGGUGAUGUAUUGUCCCUUGCUCUAAUUGGCGGAAACCCCGUGGCCCCAUCCGCUGCCUACAGGCCAGUCGAACUUGUCUUUUAACUCCCGCCCCUUUCCCCGCGCAAAAUUGCUGCUGGCUCGUAUCUGUUGAAAUCCUCGCUGACAGGCUGAGAAGUAUAUUUCUGAUUGGAGAAUCAUAGUUACUCAGAGACGCCCCAUCUGGUACUUUGGUUGGAUUUCACGGCUGCAGUUUUUCCCUCUGCCUCAUAAGGUUACCAAUCUCAAAGCGGAUCAAUUCGGAGGAACAAAUCGGACCUUGUAAGGUUUUUGGUGGAAUACUUCGCAACAUCCCCAACUAUCCACCGUUCACCUCCCUUUUCAAUUAAUUCCCUGUUGCAUUCCCGGACUCCUAUUGUUUUUAACUAGUCCUUCGCGAGUCAAACUCAGAUUACACAUUAAAGAAUUAAAAACAAUGGAUAAAACGGAGCUGAUUCAGAAGGCCAAGUUGGCAGAGCAAGCCGAACGCUACGACGACAUGGCAGCCUCCAUGAAAGAGGUAACGGAGCAGGGGGGCGAGCUGUCAAACGAGGAGAGGAACCUUCUAUCUGUCGCAUACAAGAACGUGGUUGGAGCACGGCGGUCGGCAUGGAGGGUCAUCUCGAGCAUCGGACAGAAGACCGAGGGAAGCGACAAGAAGCUUGCAAUGGUCAACGAAUACCGAGAGAAGGUGGAGGGCGAGCUAAGAGAGAUCUGCAACGACGUACUGGAACUGCUGACUAAAUAUUUAAUUGAGAACUCCACCAAUGCUGAAAGCAAAGUGUUCUAUCUUAAGAUGAAGGGCGACUACUACAGAUACCUGGCUGAAGUUGCCUCUGGGGAUGACAAGACAGCCACCAUAGAUAACUCUCAGGAGGCCUACCAGCAGGCCUUUGACAUCAGCAAGAAAGAGAUGGACCCCACCCACCCCAUCCGCCUCGGCCUGGCCCUGAACUUCUCGGUCUUCUUCUACGAGAUCCUCAACUCCCCCGAGAAGGCCUGCUCAUUGGCCAAACAGGCAUUUGACGACGCCAUUGCAGAGCUGGACAAACUGAACGAGGAGUCGUACAAAGACAGCACUCUCAUUAUGCAGCUGCUCAGAGACAACCUGACAUUAUGGACGUCCGACAACGCCCCUGAGGAAGGCGAGGGGGGCGAGGCUGGGGAGGCCGACAACUGAAACUCAACGGGGUCAUCUUUCCAAAAACAGAACCUUUUUACGUCUCCAUUCCUUUAUUCUGGCAAUGAAACCCAUUACUGAACAAACUGCGUGUGGAAAUUCCACUGUCUUUUUACACUGCAGAUUUGAACAAAAAAGGAAAAAAAAGAUUGAGAAAAAAAAUCCAUUCCUUGGUUUUUGUCCUGGCCUUUCAUGUGUGCAGUUUCUGCUGUUGGAAAAGUAUUUAAUAGCUUUACUUGUAUCAGUUUUAGUCAAAUUUAGAGGAAGACAAGACCUAGAGCUUUUCAGUGAGCUACAAAAAAAAAGUUAGUCCCAUCAAACAAGGGCAGUUUAAAUGUUCUUAGAACAGGGUGUUUGUUAAACAGAUUGGAUAAAUGGUUCCUUCACCCUAUAUAGUAUUUGUCACACGGUUCUCUGGUAUGGUUACAGCUGCUGACGUCCAACAUGAACAAGUCCAAUUGUUGCAUUCUGCAGGGAGGGUCAGUCUAUGAGCUGGCACCAAGUGUUUUUGCAACCAGGUAAUUUCUAUUGGUUCUGACGGUCUUUCCUCUCCCCCCUGCCCAUCCAGGUUUUGAUAGUCACUAUAAUGCAUGUCUGGUUAAGGAGAAUAGAGGCUUUCUAAAGACCAAAAACUAAAAUUGUCAUAAUGGGAAGAGAAGUGGCCCCACAUUCAUGUCAUUUAAUGUUCCCCUGGAGCAGGAACGGAAGCUCUAGUCGCCAGGUGUCCAGUGUGUUACUUUUCAAUGCAGGUUUGUGCACAUGUCACCAAGGGUGCUUGGUUAGUCCAGUGAUUGUCAUUAGAUUUGGACCACUGUUGUGUUUUUGCUAAUCAUCGAUUGUAGUCCCCAAAUGCCUCGUGAAAAUGUUUGAUGCCCCAUGUAUCAGCUAUGUAACAUUAAUAAAAAUGACAUUUUUUAAA